GCAGGUGUCACAUCCAGUUUCUCCUCAGACGCAAAAGGGUGAUUCCCACACACACACUCACGCAGAGUCCUGGCUCUCCGUCUGUCAUUUCCUGGAUCCAGCGUGUCCAAGCUGCUGUGGAAACUUUUUAGCAGUGUGUUGUUGAAGGGAAGGAGGGAGGAACGAGUGGGGGAGCUCCGGGAGAUCUACAGCCGCUCUGCAGCACUCGAACUCGGAUCAGUCCGCCUCUGAGCUCCGGGAUGUCGGCCGUGAAGGCUCUGCAGCAGUGGUGUCGGGUCCGCUGCGAAGGAUACCGGGAUGUGACCAUCACCAACAUGACCACCUCCUUCAGGAGUGGCAUGGCUUUCUGUGCCCUGAUACACAAACACAGACCCGAUCUCAUAAACUUUGAUUCACUGAAUAAGGAGGAUGUUUAUGAAAACAACAAACUGGCGUUCAGGGUCGCGGAGGAGUUGGGAAUUCCAGCGCUGUUGGAUGCAGACGACAUGGUGGCCCUUAAAGUUCCUGACCGCCUCAGUAUCCUCACAUACGUGUCGCAGUACUACAACUUCUUCCAUGGACGCUCCCCCAUCGGGGGUUUGGCAGGUAUAAAGCGCCCGGCUGACGGCCCCUCAGACGGCCCCUCAGGCGAACCGUCUGGGAAGAAGAACCAGCCGGUGGUGGCGAAGGUGUUUCCAUCUUCCAAACCGGCCAGAGAGAACAGCCCUCCACCCUCCGCCAACAUCACACGGCCCUCGUCCUCCCCGAGACAGACCAGAAAUACCACAAAGGAUGUUGUGGUGGAGAAAUCUCAUCAGACAAGCACCUUAAGCAACAAGUGUGCGUCCUGCAACCAGCAUGUUCACCUGGUGCAGCGACACCUAGUGGCCGGGAAGCUCUAUCACAGGCACUGUGCAAAGGCAAUGUCGCCUACAAACCCCACUGCACCGUUCAGACCCCCAAACACUCCUGUUUCCAGAUUCACGGCGUUAUUAGAACCAGCCCAAACCAAACCAACGCCUCCAAAUCAUCAAACUCCUUCAACUCCUCCAUCUUACCGAGCUCACACAACUCCUUCAAGUCCUCCAUCUUACCGAGCUCACAAAACUCCUUCAAGUCCUCCAACUCAAACCCGUGCAACACCUCCAACUCCUUCAACUCCUCCAUCUUACCGAUCUCAUAAAACAAAUCCAACUCAAACUCCUGCAACUCCUCCAUCUUACCGAACUCAUACAACUACUCCAGCUGAUCCAACUCCUCCAACUUAUCGAACUCGUACAACUACUCCAGCUGAUCCAACUCCUUCAACUCCUCCAACCUACCGAACUCAUACAACUAAUCCAACUCCUCCGACUAAUACUCCCUCCAGAUUGGGACCAUCGUGGCUGACGGAGAAACCCAGCCCCCCUCCCAGCAUCUCCACCACUUUCUCUUCUUCGUCUCCUUCCCGGCCUGCUUUGAAUCUCUCUUCUGCUGCUAAAGAGACCCCGACACCUGUUGUCUCCAAACCUGCGGCCUCACGGACUACAAAUGUGUCCACCUUCGCCACAACGACCACGAACAAAGACACAAAGACACCGUCUAGCAGCAAAACGACCACGUCUAUAUUUACAACAACACCAUCAGAGAACAAAACGACAACGUCUAUCAACACCAAGACACCGUCUACGGACAAAACGACAACGUCUAUCAACACCAAGACACCGUCUACGGACAAAACGACAACGUCUAUCAACACAAAGACACCGUCUACGGACAAAACGACAACGUCUAUCAACACCAAGACACCGUCUACGGACAAAACAACCACGUCUUUAUUUGCAAAAACACCAUUUAAGAACAAAACGACAACGUCUAUAUUCACAACGACACCGUCUAGCAACGAAACGACAGUGUCUAUUAACACAACACCAUCUAGCAACAUAACAUCAACAUCUAGUAGCACAAAGACACCGUCUAGCAACAAAACGACCACGUCUAUAUUCACAACGACACCGCCUACGGACAAAACGACAACGUCUAUCAACACAAAGACACCGUCUAGCGACAAAACAACCACGUCUAUGUUUGCAAAAACACCAUCUAAGAACAAAACCACAACAUCUAUAUUCUCAACGACACCGUCUAGCAACGAAACGACAGUGUCUUUUAACACAAAUUCACCGUCUAGCAACGAAACAACAACGUCUAUCAACACGACACCGUCUAGCAACAACACAUCAACAUCUAGUAGCACAAAGACACAGUUUAGCAACAAAACAACCACCUCAAUCUACACAACAACACCAGCUAUCAUCACAAUAACACCGUCUAGCAUCACGACACCGUCUAUUACCACAACAACAUCAGAUAACACAAGGCCCGUUGCUGCUCCUCGAAAAUCCACAACGGUGGCAAAUACGCUGAAGUCCAAGCUCAACUUCUUCAAAUCAGAUAGCCCUCCUAAAGAAGAAGAGAAAAAGACUGUAACCACCAGCAUCGUCAUCAACAAAGGGCCGAAUGCGAGCGAUAAGGUGCAGGAGAAGGCCUCGGCAGCGCAGGCCGUCACCGUGGUGGUGAAUGUUGGAGGUUUGGGUAAAAAGGUGGCGAAUGUGAGCUGGGAUACAGAGGAGAAAUCUAAAGCAGUUAGUGGAGGAGAAGAUUCAAAGACUAAAGCAGCAGCAGCAGCAGCAGCUGCCAUCAUCUCCAAAAAACUAACAGAGGAAAACAACAACAACAACACCAGUAAGCCAGCAUGGACCAAUGUAGCGCUGAAGAAAACUGACAAGCCUCCUCAGGUGGAAACUCCUAAGAAAGAUCCGGAGCCUGUGAGAGGGAGACGGAGGCUGAAGGCCGACCCCUCCAUCCUCGCUGACCUGCUUAUCCCCAAAGACCCGAGCCCCGUCAGAACCAGAACCCCAGAGAGACCUGCCUCAAAACCCCGCAGUGCAUCACCCUCUGCAUCAGAAAACAGUGAGUCGCCUUCAGACUGGAGAUUGAAGCUCAAACCCGUCUCCAAACCUGCUGCUCCCUCACAGCCCUCUAAACCCUUGGCUAAUGGAGCUGGAAAACCUCAGACUUCAGAUUCGUCUCCCUCCUCUCAUUUGUCCACCACCAGCAUUUCUGUCACUCCACCUGCAGAAAAGGGAUUCCUGAAUGGGAAAGGCCUCACUACAAAUGGCACCAAGCCUGAGUCCAUGAUUACCAAGAAGAAACCAGACUACAUUCAGAAAGAGGACAUCAUAAAGGAGCUGCAGGACAUCGAAGAUAAUCUGAACGAGUGGGAGGGGAGAGGAGUGGAGCUGGAGUUGAGGCUCCGCAGCAGCGACGCAGAUGGAGAAGAUGACGCAGUCAGUGACGAGCUCAUGAUCGAGUGGUUCAACUUGAUCAGGAACAAGCAGGUGGCCAUGCGCCGGGAGUCAGAACUGGUUUACAUUGGAAAAACGCAGGACCUGGAGGAGGAGCAGCCCAGCGUGGACCAGGAGCUGCGGAGACUGAUGGAGAAACCAGAACAUCUGAAAACUUCCCGGGACAAGAAGAGAGAAGAGCAGCUGAUGGCCAAACUGGUGGAGAUCGUCAACGACAGAAACGCCAUAAUCGAGGGUCUGGAUGAGGACAGACUCAGGGAGGAUGAGGAGGAUGAAGAGCUCGAUAAGAUGAUGAUGACUUUCAACGUCAAGAAAGACAAACCAAAGAAGAAGUCUCCGAUUACCAAACUGUUCAGUUGGGGGAGUAAGAAGGAGGGAUGACGCUCUGCAAACACACCGCAGCUCUCCCUCUGAUGUUUGUGUUUAUUCUGCUGCUCUUGUUGUAGUCUUAAUGUCAGCGUACUCAGCCUGUGAUUCAUAGGAUAACACUGAUAGUGUAUGUAUGCGUGUACGUGUGUGUGUGUGUGUGUGUGUGUCCUCGUUUUGAGUGUAUGUGUGUUCUGUCAUUUUAAGCGCUUUUAGAAAAAUGCCCUUCCCUCUGUCGACUGCAUCACUCAAGAUCUGACAUCGCUCCUGCCUGCCAGUGACACACACACACACACACACACACACACACACACACACACACACACACACACUGUACAUGAUGUUGAGGGGUUAAUGACUCACCAGCCGUGUUGUGAUUGGGUUCAGCGCUCCAGUUGUUAAUUUUAAUACCCUUCUCGUCUUAAUCUGUCUACUUAAUGCUCUCUCACUCACAGAUAUAUGCACACACACACAUUUCCUCUCUAUCGUCUCACACACGCCACUUGCUGAGAUGAUGCUUGUACAGUACGCAGUGUAUACAGUAACAUGGAUGCUAAUACGAGUUAAAGAACAAAGCACUCAGACAACUUUAGGGUCACUUUCUGACCUCUUUUAAGUCGAUUACAUGUUGAACUUUUAACAUUUAAUCUUAAAGGUCCCGCUCUCUGUCGUUUUUCUGUCAAACAGCAUUACAUUUUUAUAUCUCGGUCAACAACAAGUGUACUCAGAGCCAAGGACUAUUCUUUCUUUAUAUAAUAGCAUCUCGUAGACUUGUGGUUCAGGAGUAAAAGCAAUAAGCAGUUAUUCCCCUAAUCUCUGAAUUAUUUUUAUGAUUUUCAGAACAAUUAAGUAUCAGAGAAGGAAUAAUCAUUCUUUAGCUGAACUUGUUACAGCCUUUAAAUAAAUGCAACCUAUAUUGAGGAGAUAUAUAAUUAGUUUGUAUGUCUUAAAAGUAAAAAUAAUUAUGCAGAAAUACACUCAUACAGAAUGAGCAUAGCAUUUCAAUCCUGUUCUUUUGGGAACAGUUGAUCAUGAAAGUUAAUUACUAAUCAUUUUCAAAUGUCCACAACAUAUUAAGGUUUCCAUUCAGCGUCAAUUAUCCUUCAAGAAUGUACAAAACAAUCACAAUAAUUACGAGUUAUUCUCUUCACUGUAUACAUAUUGAUAUGUUUUAGUUACACAUUUACGAGUGAAUUAACAUUUGAUACUCAAACAUGGUUCUAACAAAGUCACUGGACGUCAGGCUUUGUUUUUUUCUUUUCCUAUCCACUCGUGUUUAGCCGUACUUUAAUAUGUAGUUUGUGUUUUUACGGUCGGUCUCGAGAAAAAGGAUGAAUAUGGUUUGUGUCAUGUGACUGAAAGGUUUUCAAACUAAAAGCAUGUUUUGACUGGAUCUGUUGGUCCAUAUUGGAUCUGGAUUUGUAAAUAAACUCUUGUGUGUUUCAUAAUCUAUAACGUGUUUAUGUUCGAGGCACUGAAUCAAACUUCAAAUGUCUGUUCUGUGACCAAACUGCUCCAACUAGUUGGUACUAAACAACAUUAGGAUUGUAUAUAUGUUAAUGUUCUCGUCCCUUUUACUCCCCUUUAUCUCUGUAUAUAGUGUAUAAACGCGUAUAUGUAUAAAUGGUACUAAAGCCAGGUUGAUUAUUAAAUGGAGAAACUUGCCUGGACUUACUGCCUGUAAAAAUGACUGUAAUAAACCUACUAAAAAACA